AUGUUAGAGUAACAGAAUAGCAUUUCAUUAAUUUUCCUUUAAAAUUGUCUAAAAUCAGUCAAAUAGCCAGAUGUAGAAUAAAUAAGGAAUAAAAAAUCAUAGUUAUAAUAUUUAUAUAAAAAUCAAAAGGAUUAGUAAUUAUGGAUUCAUAUAUUAAUUAAGUUAAAAAGAUUUGAUUAUAAUUUUAUAUUUAAUUUAAAGGCAGAGACCUCUAGUUGUUCAUCAAGUAUUAUAUUUUAUUUAUCUAAGCAAGCACUUAUAUGGUAUAAAGCAUUUACCAUAAAUUCUUUAAAACGAAUGUAAUAACAAAGGUAUUUCUAAAAAUGAAAUUUUAAAAUGGUGCUUUAAAACAAGAAAAAGCUUCUUGGGGGAUUGUUUAAAAUCUUCUGAGCAAAUUUUUUAAAAUCUUCUGA